GAUGACAACAGAUGCGGGAGUCUUCUCUCCUGGAGGGGUGACGAACUGAGCAAUGACACCAUAUCCAAGCCUGGCACUCCUGGUGGUGUUUUCAGCCACUUGUUGGGGUGGGAAAAUUCUGGUCUACCCUUUUGAUGGCAGCCACUGGAUCAACAUGAAAAUUUUGCUGGAGGCGCUUCACUCUCAAGGCCACGAAAUCACAGUGCUGCGAACCUCCACCAGCUGGUACGUAUCGGAGAAGUCGCCCCACUACACCUCCAUCACCAUCGAGCUGGAGCAGUCCCAGAACAUCGAGAGCCAGAACUACAUGACCUCCUUCCUGGAACGAUCCAUCGAGAUCCAGCGCCACAGAGGCUCGCUGUGGGCGUUUGUGGAGUUCUACAGGAACCUUUUCAGUCUUAUUGGGGAGAAUCAGGUGGCUGUGGCAAACAUGAUAGUCAGCGUAUUUGAAAAUCAAACUCUAAUCAAGAAACUGAAAGAAAGUAGAUAUGAUCUUUUCUUGACAGACCCGGCCUUUCCGGGCGGAGUGCUGCUGGCUCACUAUCUGGACCUGCCCAUGGUUUUCAAUGUGCGCUGGCUUUUCAACGGAGAGGCACACUUUUCCAUCGCACCGUCUCCUCUUUCCUACAUCCCUCAAUUGUUCUCCCAUUACUCGGACAGAAUGGACUUCUCCCAAAGAAUCAACAACAUCAUCUAUCACGGUGUCCUGCUUUACAUGUACCACUACGUGUCCAAUCCGCCUUACCAGGCCGUGUGCGAUCGCUAUUUCGGCGGUGACGUCAGCAUCAUGUCUCUCAUGCAGGGAGCCGAUCUGUGGCUGAUGAGGGUGGACUUUACCUUCGAAUUCCCUCGACCCACCAUGCCCAAUGUGGUCUACAUCGGAGGGUUUCAGGGGAAGCCCUCCAAGCCUCUGCCGGCGGAUUUGGAGGACUUUAUGCAGAGUUCUGGGGAUCACGGCGUGGUUGUCAUGACUUUGGGGACGCUCCUUGGCGACCUCGGCCCUCAGCUAUCGCAGAUCAUCGCCUCUGCUUUUGCUAGUCUCCCUCAAAAGGUGGUCUGGAGACAUAUUGGGAAGAGGCCCGCCACUCUGGGGAACAACACCCUACUGGUGGACUGGUUGCCUCAGAACGAUAUACUGGGUCAUCCUAAGACCAAAGUCUUUGUCACGCACGGGGGCACUAACGGCAUAUACGAGGCCAUCUACCACAGCGUCCCGAUUUUAGGGAUUCCGCUCAUCUUUGACCAGCAUGACAACAUGGUGCGGAUGAAGGCCCGCGGAGGCGCCGAGUUUCUGGACGUGGCGGCGCUUGACGUGGAAUCUUUCAGCGCUUCCCUGAGGAACAUUCUCGAUCCCCAGAAACCUUACAAGCAGAACAUGAUCAAACUUUCCCGACUUCAUCGCGACAAACCCAUGAAACCCACCGACACUGCUGUCUUCUGGAUCGAGUACGUCAUGAGGCAUCGAGGUGCGGCACAUCUGCGUACAGAGUCUUAUAAAUUGCCAUGGUACGCCUAUCACUGUCUGGAUGUGAUCGCUGUCCUUGGGCUUUUCUGUUUUCUAGUUGUUGCAUCAAUGUGGGUUUCCUGUAGAUGUCUCUGUAAGCACCUAGUGAAGGCAAAUAAUUCCAGGUUCAAAUCCAAGAGAGAGUAAUUUUAGAACUACUCGUCGGGUACUCCUGUUUCCUCCCACAUUCCAAAAAUAUGGUUAAAAUAUGUUAGGUUAAUUGAAGACUCUAAAUUGCCCGUAGAUAUGAAUGUGAGUGCUAAUGGUUGUUUGUUUCUACGUGCCCUGCUAUUGGCUGGCGACCAGUUCAGGGUGUACCCUGCCUCUCACCCAAAGAUAUCUGGCAAAGGCUCCAGCACGCCCGCGACCCUAGCGGGGAUAAGCGGUACAGAAAAUGGAUGGAUGGUCUGAACAGUAUUUAUUUACUGCAAAUAAUGUAUCUUUGUUCAUUUAUGUCAGUGACCAGUGGCGAGGUCAGCCAUAUUUUAGGCGGGCUCGAGCCCACCCAAAAGUUGUCUUAGCCCAUUCUAUGAAUUCGUCCUGUAAUUAAUUGGAGAGAAAAAAAUCUAUAUACAUAUAUAUAUAUAUAUAUAUAUAUGUAUAUAUUCGUUUUUAUUAUCAAUGUUCUAUUUUACCUUUUCAAAAUUUUAUUUUAUUUUAUUGGAAAGAAUGUUAUGCGGUGAUAAAACACGCUUUGGUAUUGACCCAAAAAAUUUUAACCUCGUGAAAAUCGGUUGAGAAAUGUACAAGGUAUGACUAAUCUUCAAUGUCCAACGUCUUUGAAGGGAACAUCGACCUUUCCAACAUGGCCGCCAGGUAGGCACGUCCGUUAGCAGGAUUUCUAUAGCGCGCUGGCGUAUAGUCUUAAUAUCUGUGGUCUGAACCGCUACACACAUUUGCAGCUGUGUUAACGCCAAUGACCAGGUAAUGCUUGAUUUACAAGCCUGACACAAUCUAUAAAAUGACAUUUGACCGCACGGCGAUGCUUCAAUUCCUUCUCUUGAACUGCUCUAUGUUAUGUGUCGGCAUUGACUCG